AUGACCAUCCGGGCUUUGGAGAAAGUUCCAGGGUCUGCGGUGGACUUUGGCGCACAGAUUGACAAUGUAGACCUGGAGGACUUGACAAAUGACGAGUUCUCCAAAAUCAGAGAUAUCCUUUACCAUCAACAUAUUGUCGUGUUCAAGAACCAGCAAGGGCUUUCUUCUAAGGCCCAGUACGAACUUACCAAGCGCUUUGACCCGGGCGCAGAUCACUAUGGCCAUGACAAUAUCAUUGAUGGCGAAUCUACCAAGCUUCAUGGCAACUUCAAGCCGGUGGUGCACCAGCCUCAGGUCCAGGUGAAGGGAAACGGCUUUGUAGAGUCCUACGAGGGCCUCCACAACAUACAGCUACUACAUCCUCAUCACCGAAACUUCCACCGUGACUGUAUCUCCGAGGACAAGGAUCAUGAGUUCACGCGAUUUUACCGCUGGCAUAUUGAUGCUGCGCUGUAUGAUCUCUACCCACCGAAGGUCACGACCCUAAUGGCCGUGCGGGUACCCAAGGGUCGCCGGCAGAUAGUAUUAUAUGACGACGGAUCCGGGGAGACACUAGAUGCCUCGCUAGCAACGACCGCGUUUGUCAGUGGCAACAGAAUGUUCGAGAUGCUCUCUCCGGAAGACCAACAAUUUGUCAAAACGAGCAGUGUUGAAUAUGCACCACAUCCCCACGUAUGGAGGGGAAAGGCUCGGUCAUUCUCUAACGGUCUCCGUUUAUAUUCCGAAGGCCAUGAACUGUCUGAGUCCGACCUGCCCAGCUUUGACCGGGCCAAAAUACAGAUCUUACCGAUGGUCUGGAAGAACCCCGUAACGAGGAAACUCGCCCUUCAAAUCCAUGCACCAGCUGUUCGUAGGAUUCACCUUCAGGAUGGGGGCGUUAUUGAUGACCUCGCGCGGAUUCGGGACAUUGUCUAUCGGCUACAACGCCCCGCUAUUAGUCCACAAUACGUAUACGCACACGAUUGGAGCGAGGGAGAUCUAGUGCUCUUCAAUAACCAUGGCACGUUGCACACGGUCGUGGGUACGUUACAGCCGGAUGAGAUUCGCCUCUUUCGGCAGUGCAACCUUGCGGCGUCGGAACCUCCUGAAGGGCCAUGAUUUUCCACACUUUUUGUCAACUUUCCGUCCCUCCAGUAGGAUCUACGUAAUAUAGCAUGUGCGAUAUGGCUAUGUAUUAACAUUACGUGAAAGGUUCAUUGUGUAGCUUAUCACAGAGGAAGGCCCGCACCAACAUAGCCAACACAGUUUACAUACGCAUACUACGGCCUCACUUUUGACUACAUCCGUUGUGACAGCCAAAUAUAGGCCAUGAUGCAGGCAACCUGUAGCAUCGAUGACAGAUUUAGAUGAUUAGAUGUGAACCGAUUGUGCCCACAACAGGAUUCUUGUAGAUGAAAGAGAUUGUGAAGCUUUUCAAGACUAGUUAACCAAGCUGAUAAUAGAAGCGCCCCCGACAACGGAUCACACUCUAACCAAAUCUAUUAAAGACCACUAUAAACAGUCUAGGGUAGCUUCUAUACUUUCUUCUUCAGCCUUUGGUCAUGUUGAAUUAUACGGGACGGGAUUCGUCUAAUCUACAUAAUUUUGGCAAGCUGUAUAUAUUGGAUAACGCUAUAACAGUCAAAGUAGUAAUAGCAGUUUAGAUAAUCACUGGAAGUAACUUGGUCCUUUCAAAAUUUGAUCAUAUUCAUACAACAAAAAGAAGAAGUGGAAAACC